AUGGUAUCGUCGUCAGCAUCGGACAGAGAUAGUAGCGGAUGGUGGAGGAUGAGGAGGGUGGUGCUAGGGAUAGGGUUCUGCGUGCAGGGAUUGAGGUGCUUGCCAUGGAUGGGAGUGAAUUUCUUCCUCAAAGACGGACUCAAGGUGGAACCCUCCACACUCCAGCUCCUCCAGAACUCCGCUAAUCUCCCCAUGAUUUCCAAGCCCUUUAUCGGCCUUCUCUCUGAUUCCAUCUACAUCUCUGGCCAGCACCGCAUCCCCUACAUCGCCAUCGGUGCUUUCGUACAAGCAGUGUCAUGGCUUGCAACUGCAUCUCUUUCUCUGUCAAAUAUCUCAUUCUUCACAAUGACCUUAUAUCUCCUCCUUGGGAACCUUGGUGCUUCAGUAGUUGAGGUAGCAAAUGAUGCCAUUGUUGCAGAGAUCGGAAAACAACCUACUUCGUCUUCAAAUAACUCGGAAUCAUCUCCCUCAGGUGAGCUCCAGUCAUUCGUUUGGAUGGCCUCCUCAAUUGGUGGAGUCCUGGGAAACCUUCUAGGCGGUGUUGCCAUAGGCCGUUUCUCCCCACAGGCAAUAUUUCUUUUGUUUGGCAUUCUUCUCACUGUCCAAUUUUUCAUUACAAUAUUCAUCCACGAAAACUCCCUUGACCUCCCCAAGAGUUCAUCCAAGUUGGGCAUCAGAGAGCAACUUUCAGAGCUCCUAGUUGCAUUAAAAAACCCUGAGAUCUCCCUUUCUAUAACUUGGUUUGCCGCAUCUUAUGCCAUAAUUCCAGCUCUAACAGGCACAAUGUUCUAUUAUCAAACACAAUACUUAAAGAUUGAAUCAUCAAUGUUGGGGAUAUCUAAGGUGUUGGGACAGGUGGCAAUGCUUCUAUGGGGUGUCACUUAUAAUCGACACUUGAAGUCAAUUCCCCCAAGGAAACUAAUCUCAGCCAUUCAGGCCAUUAUUGCCAUUUUCAUUAUCUCAGAUGUUUUGUUUGUGAAAGGCGUAUAUCGCAAGCUGGGGGUACCUGAUUCACUAUAUGUUGUGGUUUUCUCAGGCUUUCUAGAGGUUUUGUACUUCUUUAAGAUUCUACCUUUCAGUGUUCUAAUGGCACAGCUCUGCCCACCAGGAUGCGAGGGUUCUGUAAUGGCAUUUCUUAUGUCUGCUAUUGCUCUUGCAUUUAUACUGAGUGGAUACCUUGGCGUUGCGCUUGCAUCAUAUGUUGGGGUGACAGGGAAUGAUUUCUCAGGCUUGCAAUGCGGCCUUCUAAUACAGGCGGCAUGCACAGUUUUGCCACUUUUUUGGUCAUCAUGUAUCCCAGAUGAUGUGGAACUCAGAAGCAAGAAGAAAGAAAACUAA